AUGGCAGACGAUUUGUUUGAAGGGUUGCCUCCUCCUUCUUCCAACACACACUUCCAACAAUCACAACCACCACCACCACCACCACCACCGCCGCCAAUUCUUUCUGUUUCCACCACCGAUUCCUCUACAGUUCCACCCAUACCAAAGCCAAUUCUCAAAAGUUCCCUCAAACGACCUAACCCUACUCAAUCCGAUAACACCCAAGCUGCAGCACCUAAAAAGAGUUUGAAGUUUAAAACCUCUACGGAUGCUUCCGAAGCGCAAGUUAUUGAUGCUAUGAAGAAGAUAUCUUCUCAUAUCAACAACCCUGCCAAAUUCAAAGCUGCAAUGUUGUCGCCGGUACCUUGUACAGAUCCUUCCGUGCGGGCAGAUUAUCAUUCUUUGUUCUCGGCAGCGCAAGAUGCAAAAGAACACUUUAAUAAGAAGCAGAAGAAUCAGUUGGCGACAUGGGUAAUUAGUGCUGUGGUAGCAAAUGAUUUAUAUACGGAUGAUAGCUUUGUGGUAUGGUUCUCUCUCUAA